CUGUCUGCCUGCAGCCAGGUGCCCCCUGAGCUGGGCCUGGCUCCCAGCCCUCCCCAGGCGUAUAAAGCACGAGGGGACAAGGAGGGGACAGGCUGUGGUGACAGGUGACACUGACAGGCAGCAGGAGCUGCCAGGUCCUGCCCAAACUUGGAGUGGGAAGUGAGCUCUUUCCUGAGCCACACGGACUCUCCGUAGUGCUGGCAGAUUUCUUUCUUUUUUGUUGUCGUUUUUCUUUUCUUUUUCUUUUUUUUGUUUUACUCCUAAGGAUCUACAUUGGUGGGAAAAGCUUCUGAGAAGUCACAGCCUUGAAGAGCAAUUUACAUCAUCAUUUUCAAAACUCUUCGUCCUGCUCUCCAGAUGGAGGAUCCCAUUCAGCUGAAAGAGGAGGGGAAUAAAUAUUUUCAGGCCAGUGACUACGAGAAAGCCCUUCAAAGCUACACUCAAGCCAUAAAGCUCAACAAGGACAAGGCGCUGCAGGCGGUGCUGUACAGGAACAGGGCAGCCUGUUUCCUCAAAAAGGAGGAAUAUGCCAAGGCAGCCUCGGAUGCAUCUAGAGCUAUUGACAUCAAUGCCUCGGAUAUCAAAGCCUUGUACCGGCGCAGCCAGGCCCUGGAGAAACUGGGCAAGUUAGACCAAGCAUUCAAAGAUGCUCAGAAAUGUGCAACCCUCGAACCACGCAACAAAAACUUCCAGGAGACCCUGAGGAGACUGGGGGCCAACAUCCAGGAGAAGCUGCGCAUUCAGUUCUCCACAGACUCGAGGGUGCAGAAGAUGUUUGAGAUCCUGCUGGAUGAGAACAGCGACAAAGAGAAGCGAGAAAAGGCUGCAAACAACCUCAUAGUCCUGGGGCGGGAGGAAGCAGGUGCUGAGAGGAUUUUCCAGAAUAAUGGGGUCAACUUGCUGCUGCAGCUGAUAGAAACCAAAAACCCUGAGCUGAUCCUGGCAGCCGUGAGGACACUUUCAGGAAUGUGCACAGGACAUAAGGCUCGGGCCACUGCCAUUCUCCAUUACCUGGGCAUCGACAGCAUCUGCAUGUGGAUGUCAGUGGACAAUGAAGAAAUCUCCCUGGCUGUCUGCAACCUCCUGCAGACCAUCACCGACUGCCUGAUGGGCCAGGGGAAGGAGGAGCACCACGGCAAGGAGGAGGCUCUAGUGCUAGACACCAAGAAGGAUUUGAGGAUGAUCACGAUGCGUUUGCUGGAUAUGCUGGUCAGUAAAAAAGUGUCUGGGCAAGGGCGAGACCGAGCCCUCAACCUCCUCAACAAGAACAUACCAAGGAAGGACCUGAAAGACCAUGACAACAGCAGGAGCAUCUUUGUCAUCGACAAUGGCUUAAAAAAGAUACUGAAAGUGGUGGGCCAGAUUCCUGAGAUGCCUGACUGCCUGCCACUGACAGAGAACACCCAGCUGACUGCCUCUGUCCUCCUAAAUAAGCUCUACGAUGACCUGCGCUGCGACCCGGAGCGGGACAACUACCGGCUCAUCUGCGAGGAGUACAUCAAGAGCAAAAUUGACCCACAAGACAUGGAUAAGACACUCCACGCUGUCCAGAUUGUGUCUGGUGUUCUGCAAGGCCCCUUUGACUUGGGCAACAAGCUGCUUGGCAUGAAGGGAGUGAUGGAGAUGAUGGUUGCCCUGUGUGGCUCCGAGAGGGAGAUUGACCAGCUGGUGGCUGUGGAAGCUCUCAUCCACGCUUCCACCAAGCUGAGCAGAGCCACCUUCAUCAUCACCAAUGGGGUGACACUCCUGAAGGAGAUCUACAAGAAGACCAAAAAUGAGAAGAUCAAAAUCCGAGCUCUGGUGGGUCUCUGCAAGCUGGGCUCAGCCGGAGGCACGGACUAUGGCCUGCGGCAGUUUGCUGAGGGCUCCACGGAGAAGUUAGCCAAGCAGUGCCGAAAGUGGUUGUGCAACACCAGCAUCGAUGCCCGCACCAGGAAAUGGGCUGUGGAAGGGCUCUCCUACCUCACCCUCGAUGCAGAUGUCAAAGAUGACUUUGUUGAAGAUGAGCCAGCCCUGAAAGCUAUGUUUGAAUUAGCCAAGGCAAGUGACAAAACAAUCUUGUAUUCUGUGGCUUCUGCACUGGUGAACUGUACCAACAGCUACGAUACCAAGGAGCUGGUCCCAGAGCUGGUGCAGCUGGCAAAAUUCUCCAAGCAGCACGUGCCUGAGGAGCAUCCAAAGGACAAGAAGGAUUUUGUGGUGAAGCGGGUGAAGAGGCUGCUGAAGGCUGGGGUUGUCUCUGCCUUGGCCUGCAUGGUGAAGGCUGACAGUGCCAUUUUGACUGACCAGAGCAAGGAGCUCAUUGCCAGGGUGUUCCUUGCCUUGUGUGAAGACCCCAAGGACCGCGGGACCAUUGUUGCUCAAGGUGGUGGGAAGGCCCUGAUACCUCUGGCUGUGGAAGGCACAGAUGUUGGCAAGAUAAAGGCUUCUCAUGCUCUGGCAAAAAUUGCUGCUAUCUCCAAUCCAGACAUUGCAUUCCCGGGGGAGAGAGUGUAUGAGGUGGUGAGGCCCCUUGUCAGCCUGCUGAACACAGAGAGAGAUGGACUCCAGAACUACGAGGCUCUGUUAGGUCUCACAAACUUUUCAGGAAGAAGUGAUAAACUCAGGUUGAAGAUAAUCAAAGAGAAGGCCCUGCCAGAUAUUGAAAACUACAUGUUUGAGAACCACGACCAACUCCGACAGGCAGCCACUGAGUGCAUGUGCAACUUGGUGGUCAACAAGGAGGUUCAGGAGCGGUUUGUGGCCGAUGGCAACGACCGGCUGAAGUUGGUGGUGUUGCUGUGUGGUGAGGAUGAUGAGAAGGUUCAGGUUGCAGCAGCAGGAGCCCUGGCCAUGCUGACAGCAGCACAAAAGAAACUCUGCUCGAAGAUGACUCAAGUGACCACCCAGUGGCUUGAAAUCCUGCAGAGGCUCUGCUUGCAUGACAACAUGGAGGUCCAGCACCGAGGACUGGUCAUUGCCUUCAACUUGAUCAGCUCUGACAAAGAGCUGGCCAAGAAGCUGGUGGAGUCGGAGCUCCUGGAGAUCCUGACCUACGUGGGGAAGCAGGAGGAUCACCCCAAGAAGCAGCACAUCAUAAAUGUGGCACGUGAUUGCCUCACCAAGUGCAUGGAUUACGAGCUGAUCAAACCUCUCUCUCAGGCGUGAGGGAAUGAAAAGCACCAAAAAAAGGCUGAGUGUGGGAGAAAAAAAAAUGGAGAAAUAGGGAAAAGUGAGAGCCAUGAGGAGAAUCUGGUGCCAUUGUCAAGGCACUGAAUAGUUUGGGGACAGCAUUGGAGGAUCAUAAGGUGUAUGAGGAAAAGGAGGGAAUUUGCCUGGGAAAUUUGGGAUGUGUCCAUCUGAGUAAUUCCCAGAUGGUGUAAGUCCUUUCUCUGCCCCCAUUCAGCUGAUAAUGAUGAAAGCUUCAGCUGUAAAAGAGUUGGUUGUGUUGGAGACUUAUCAGGAGGCUGUUGGAAGGAAACUCAACAAAGCUGAAAUUGGUUCUGCCACCACCUCCAGCUCCUGGUACUUCUGGAAUUCCCAGCAAUAGUGGAACAGGGAGGGUUACGUGCCUUCUAUUCUAUAGUCAGAAAAUAGGAUUUUAGCUGUGUGCUUUUUUGUUCAUUUAUUGGAAGAUAUGUGCCAAAGUGUGAGGAUGGUGGGUGAACUCUUAAUAAAUUCACUGCUUUGUUCCAUGUGGAA